AGGUUAUGUCUUAAUAUUUUGUUCGUUGUUUUGUAACUAUUCGUUCAUUUGUUUAAACAACAACAUAAAAAAAUUGAUUUAUAAACAAUUUGUGCAUUUGUUUAAACAAAAGAAGAAGAAACAUGAAUCCACUAACGAAUAUGAAAAAUGUUGUCAAACUUAGUGAGCAGGAGUUGUAUACAUCUAAUAAAACCUCAUGGCAUGACCAGUAUAGAGACAGCGCAUGGAUAUUCGUUGGUGGUUUACCUUAUGAUUUAACUGAAGGAGACAUUAUAUGCAUAUUUUCUCAGUAUGGGGAAAUUGUUAAUAUAAACCUUGUACGAGCCAAGGAUACAGGAAAAUCAAAAGGAUUUUGUUUCAUUUGCUAUGAAGAUCAAAGGUCUACUGUUUUAGCAGUAGAUAAUUUCAAUGGGAUCAAAAUUUUAAAUAAAACUAUUAGAGUUGAUCAUGUCAGUAACUAUAAAGCACCCAAAGUUGGCAAGAAAACAGACGAUGAGACAGAAAAGUUAUACAAUGAUGGAUGUGCUCCAAAAGCUAGUGUUCCUAUGAGACCAAAGACGCCUCCAGGUGAUUUUAGAGAAACAAUAGCAGAUGUCAUUCAGCCAGACAUUAAAUUACCUGCCAGGCUGCCAAUAUUUCCUGUCAAACAAGAACCUAUUGAAACAGAUACACCAGAUGUAAAAAAGGAAAAGAAAAAGAAGAAGAAAAGUAAGAAGAACAAGAAAAAGUCAAAGGACUCUACAGAUGAGAGUGAUGUUUCAUCAGAUUCUGACACACCUCUAAAAUCAAAAGGCAAGAAAAAAAAGAGUACAAAAUAUUUAUCUGAUAAAAAUGAUUCACAUUCAGAUGCAGAAGUAAAAGGUAAUAAGAAACAAAAGAUUAAAGAAGAGAAGGACUUGUCUGAUAAUGAAGAGUCAUACAGAAAGUCAAGGAAGGAUAAAGAGUUCCAAGAAUAUAAGUAUGACAGAGAAAAUAAAUACAAGCAGUUCAAAAAGGAAAAGUCUCGUUCUAGAUCCAGAUCACCACGAUGGUCAAGACCUGGAGGAAAGGAAUAUAACUCUAAUAGCAAAUCCAGGGACAGAAGACACAGCCCUCAGUAUUCUAAUAGAUAUAAAUACUAGAUUUGAAAUGAAACUUAAAAUUUGAAAUAAAACUUUAUUUAAAUCAA